AUCGUUUACUUCCUCGAGCUUGUCGCGCGACACCGGUUAGCAUGAUAGCGCGAGGCGGUUAGCUUCGCUACAUCAAUCAUGUUUUAACUAGUCGGAUUUUGUACCAGCAAGCACAAAAUACAACCACACUGUUAGUAAACCAAUAAAACUUAAUCUAUAUGCAAAACAACGAUUUUUCGUCAGGAAUAACCGCGUCUCGAGACAAAAUGGAAGAAGCAAGCAGUAACAUAGAAGUGACCGUGAAAACCCUGGACUCCCUAAGCAGGAGUUACACAGUUGAGGCACAGAUGACCGUGAAAGAGUUCAAGGAGCACAUAUCACCCUCUGUUGGAAUUCCUGUUGACAAACAAAGACUCAUUUACCAGGGCAGAGUACUUCAAGAUGAGAAAACCCUAACGGAGUACAAUGUGGAUGGAAAAGUCAUUCACCUCGUAGAGCGCGCCCCACCGCAGACCGCCCAACAGGGCUCUGGCUCGGGAGGCAUAGCAGGGUCUUCUGGGGUGACACAGGGGGGAAAUCAGAACCCGAAUUCAACCAGUAGCUCCCAAGGGACCCCUCUUGGGCCUACGCAUGACCGCAAUGCUAACAGCUACGUUAUGCUGGGUACUUUUAAUGUUCCGGUUAACAUUAUGGACCCUCAGCAGAUUCAGAUGUCGCUUCAGCAGAUGAUGUCAGGCAUAGGAGACAAUGCAAGGAAUCCACGAGUCAAUACCAGCACUGGGACCAAUGGCUCUGUAAACGUUCAGAUAGAUUUGGACCAGUCAUUGCAAAGUGAGCCAAGACUGCGGCUGCUAUUGGCUGAGAACUUGCUGAGAGACACCAAUGCUGUGAUCCAAAGACUGGAGGGGCAGCCCACGGAUGCCUCUUCUUCCCAGGAGGACUCUGCACCUCCACCCACCUCCUCCACUUCCACUCCAUCUCCUUCUGCACAGCCCAUGGAUACUUCUCCUCCUCCGUCCAGUACCCCACCAUCCUCCUCUUCUUCUACCCAGACUGAGGGAGCUCCAGCCCCUCCAGCAGGCCUCAACCACCCAAGCCCAGCCGAGAUGGUGGAGAUGUUAGCAGAGCUGAGGAGGGUGGAGGAGAGACUUCAGCCCUUCAUUCAGAGAGCUCACCUUAUUCUAGAGGCGGCCACAACUGCAGACUACAACAACAACACCCAAGAGAGGGAUGAGGACCAACGUAUUCUUAAUCUAGUGGGGGAGGCCCUCCGUUUCCUGGGAAACGCCCUGGUCGCCCUGAGUGACUUGAGGUGUAACCUCCUGAGCAACCCUCCUCGACACCUGCAUGUUAUCCGCCCCAUGUCCCACUACACCUCCUCUGUGCUGACUCCAGCAGGCGUGCAUCACCUCCCCAUGCAGUUGAAUCUUGGAACAACUGUAAACAUGUCAGCCAAUGGCAGACCAGCAGCUGAUGGUCAACCUCAGUCAACUGGCCAAUCAGAUCAGCAAGGCCAGGGACCAACCAGUCAGCCUGCCAGUCAGCCUGGUCCAGCCAAUCAGCAGGGUGGACAGCCUGGGCCCAGAGUCAUCCGGAUCAGUCAUCAAACCAUGGAGCCUGUAGUGAUGAUGCAGAUGAACAUUGAUGACUCUGGAAACACCCCACAGGCUAAUGGACAACCGAACGCUGCUGGCACUGGACAGCCUGGUGCCCCCCCUACUGUUCAGAUUCCUGGUCUACCUCCAGAAUUCAUGCAAGCCAUUAUGCAUCAAGUGACUCAGCAAGCCAUGGCCAUGGCAAACGCUUCCUCUACUGGCCAGCAGGGGCAACAGACCGCGCCACCUACAGCAAACGUUGGCUCUGGCUCCACUCCGCCCCCCAUGCCCCCUUACCCACCCCAGGCCAGAGUGGUGUUCACCAGACCCUCUUUUCCUCACAGAAUGGCCAGCCCCACUUUCACCACAAGGGGGGCCACUAUCAACCUCAGAGCAGCUGUUCCACCAAUGAUGGGCCAACAGCCAGGACAGGCUGGACAGUUCCCUCCCGCCGCUCUAAAUCAGAUGAUCGGUGGACUGGUCGGGCAGCUUCUGACAGGCGCUACAGGGGAGAUGGCCAGCCAAACUACCGGAUCCUCCUCACAAACAUUCACCUUCUCCACAUCCGCUUCCACAAGCACUCCAUCCACUACCACGACCUCCACCAGUGGCUCUGGGUCCACACAGUCCAGUAGUACCAGUACCAGCACACACCAGCCUGGAUCUGCACCGUCAACCCCUCAGGAAAACCCUUUAGGGGGAAACCUGGAGCAGUUGUUGGGGUCUCUACUGGGAGGAGCUGUUGCCGCAGGCGGCCAGGGCCCUUCUAUAACAGUCACCAUGCCUGGGGUCCCUACCUUCAUCCAGGGUGUCACAGACUUCAUGCAGGCUUCCCAAACACUUUUCUCUCAGCCUCCCGCGGGACAGCCUCCCACUACGACUCCCACGGCCCCACCAAAUGCAUCCACCGCUUCUGGGGCCGCCGCAGCCGGUGAAGGUCUGAACCCUGAGCUCUUCACUGGGAUAGUGCAGGGUGUCCUGUCCACAAUGAUGGGCUCUCUGGGUACCCCUCAAAAUGAAACCGAGAGCAUCGCUCAGUUCAUCCAGAGACUCUCCCAGACUAGUAACAUCUUCACCCCUGGUACUGGAGAUGCUGUGGGUUUCUUCGGUGAUCUUCUGGCUUUGGUGUGUCAGAACUUCUCUAUGGUGGACAUGGUGUUGUUGCUCCACGGGCAGCACCAGCCUCUGGGCCGUAUCCAGCCCCAACUCGCCCAGUUUUUCAUUGAGCAUUUUCUGCAAGGCCGUGAUCCCACUGAGGCCAACAUCACCGCAGCUGCUGACGACUUAAUCGCUGAACUUGAGGAAUACAUCACAGAAAGUUUUUCAACCGUCGCAGUCCGUGAUGGGGUGGAUAUUACCCAGACGAACCGGGCUUUUCUCAGACAGCAACUUUCAGGAAUCGCCACCCACAUUCUGCAUUGCACCGAUCAAACAUUUGGACCCCGACUCCUGCUGCUGUGUAACCGUGCUCUCUUCGAGUGUCUGGCCCUCAACCUCUAUUGUCUUAAUGGAGAACAAAGUGCUCUUACCACAGUCAUCAACCACCGCAUUAGGACGAUGUCAGCUGAAGUAAACCCUAGCCUGGUGAACUGGUUAACCAGCAUGAUGACAAUGAGGCUGCAAGUGAUACUGGAGCACAUUCCCAUCACAGAGGAACAGAUCACCCAUUACGUCAUCCACACACAGAAUGAAGAAUCAGUAGAGAGGCCCACACAGGAUCCCGAGCCUCAGAACGUAGAGAUGGGGGACAGUCUCUCUCCAACACCUGCUACUACAGCGGAAGAAGCUCUGGCCUCCUCCCAGGAAGCUGGAGCAGUGGGAGUUCAAGCCAGGGAAAGUGAGGGAGCUGUUGGAGGAGAGGACGCAGGAAGAGAUGGUGAAGCCUGGGCCGCCGCGUUGCCUCCUGAGUGGGUUCCCAUUAUCAGACAAGAUCAGAUCAGUCAGAGGAAGAUUAAGGCCCAGCCUCCUCUCUCUGACGCAUAUCUAUAUGGAAUGCCAGCAAAGCGCAGAAAGAUGGUAAAGAGUGAUGGUCCCAAACUGUCACUCUCUGAGGCAGUGAGUCAAGCCGCCAAAUCAGCUGGCGUAACGCCCAUCACAGCUCCCGACGCUCUACAGGUGGAUUUAGAUAAACCAGAGCUUCAGGAAGCAUACAGUGAACAGCUGAAAGACGACAUCAAGAAACGAGUAAAGGAGGACCCAGAUUACAAUUCCAGAAGGUUUCCUAACACGCAUCAAGUCUUUUCUCCGGACUCAUAACUUUUGUACCUUCCAGCUUACUUGUGUUCACCUCAUCCUAGUUCCUUACUUGGGGUGUAUGUUUUAUUUGCACAGUUAUGUGUUGUCAGAUGACUUCACUCCUGUUUCUAUCUAUACCUUUUUAUUGUAUGUGUUGGUCAUGCGUGCAGUCUACGCACACUGAACAUCUGCGAAGUGUCUCUUCUGUCGGUGCAGGCACACACGUGUGUGUGUGUGUGUGUGUGUAAAGAGCCUGCCUGCGUGAUAUAUCAGAACUGUUGUUUUUAUGAUUUGGUCCAACGAAUAACUGUGUUGUAACUGAAUCCAGAGGAAAUACAUGAUAACAGAAGGACAGAAACGAACAUGUAGAAAGCUACAUUCUUGCAAUGAUGCUCUUGUUUAAAGCUUUGUUGAUUGUAUAGCAUUAUGCCUUGCCUUUUCAGUUCUGACUCUGCUAUGGCUUUAUCUAUGGUACACUGCAAAAAACAAUUAAGAACUAUGUAAUUGGGAACCAUGAAUGUAAAAUGCUUGAUUAAACAAUUUUGCACCAGUUUAGUGCAUAUUAUGCGUUA